CAGAAAAUCACGAGUCUGAAAUAGCCUUCGGAUUAUAAAGAAAAGGUGUGUUGUUUCAAUGUGACAGUGAUAGUUCUUGGCCUGGAAUGUAUUUGACGUACCUUCUGGUACUAACUUUAUAGGAAUGGGAAAUCUACAGGACUUCAGCCAUGCUCUCACCCAUUGGUCAUUUGGGAUCACCAUUCUGGUUGGUCUGCUUGCUUCCGAAUUCUCUGGUGCUGAAGCCAUAGGUUCCAUUUUUAUAGCAGCUAUUUCGUCCACCUUAUCAGCUCUCUGCGGCUCGUCAUCGACCGUUUCAGAAGAGCAAUUCCGAAAGAAAAAGUUGUCUGAUGUUUUAUAUUUCCUUAUUUUAUGGCUCGAUAUUUUAACCAACCUGGUAGCAGCUGCAACUUGCGCCAGACUAGCGAGCGCCACCGUCGAUUACAUCAGUAAAGGGCACUUCAGGGAAUUUUUAUUCGGUAUGGAGCAGCAUUCCCUUGGAGAGCCUUGGCCUGACGUUCUGGGAGUCACCAUCGUGGUGGUGGUCACUCUUUUGUUCAUGUUGGGUCUAGAGAAAUCAUCAACGAUAUCGGCACUCCUCUUGGCAGCUUUAUUAUGUAACUUCGCCUUCUUCACUGCUAUUGGCAGUUUCCACACUGUGAUAAAAUUCGGAGAUUGGUUCAAAAACCUAAAGAUAUACUCAUACAGAAAGGUGUUGAAAUCUGCAGCACUGUGUUCGUUUGCUUUUGUCCACAAUAUUCCAAUAACUCGGAAAAACAACUGCUUGAAAAUAACGACAAUGGUGUUCAAUCCUCUUGUUUUUUAUAUUGUAACCGCCAUAGUAUUCUCCAUGAUGACACAUUACAGAGAAUUGAUUGGCACGGCGAUUCCACUAGUACAAGUUUUUGAAAGAAGAGAUGUUGACUGGGCGAGACCAAUCAUAGCGGCAUUCACAAUAAGCGUAGUUUGUCUUGUGCUCACCGAAGUGUUACCAGUUAUCUACGAUUCCUUCGUAAAGUUGGGAAGCAAAGAAUGGAGGGUUUUCGUACCUUCUAUACAAUAUCGAAGUCCUUUAACUGGGGCACCUGUAUUAGCUAUAUUUGCAGCAGGUAGCCUUGCAGCCAUUUUAGCGUUUGCUUGCCCUUUAUCACAUUUGAUAAAAUUGCUGAAUACUGCCACCCUGGUGAAGUGCGCUAUAGUUUCUCUCCAAUUACUUUACAACAGAUACAAACCAGAAAUCAACUACGACUAUUUGGUUCACAACACCAACAUUCAGUACAGUAAGCUGGGUCAAAAUCCCGUGAAACCCUCCAUUUCUAUUCAGCAUAUAUCAGCUCUGAAGGAGAAGGUGAAGUCUUGGUUCACACCCAAGCCCCAGUACAUCCAUAGAGUGAGCUCUCCCAGCCACACCACGCGUAAGUUAGUGAGCUCUAAAAACAAGAGAGUUGAAGAAAGGGAAUGUCUGCUGAUGGACGAUUACAACAAUAAAUCGAUUAAUAUCGAUCUAGCUGAAGACAGUGUCUCUGAAAACGGUGAUGAUUUGGUUAUUUGCAGCGAAGAUGAGGACUCUGGCAGUUCGACUGAUAUAGAUUUGGUUGUUGAAGAAUAUAAGGAGGGGCUUAAGGUAGCGACUGUUGGAAAAUUUCAUGAAAAUCGAAGAUCAACGAGACUGACUUCUACAGUGGCAUCCUUGUGUUUGAUUUUGAUUGUAGGAUCCUCUGUUGCAAUGUCAUUGUAUGUAAUGAGGAUCAUCAAUAUAUUAUGGCCUAGUAUUUUAUGUUUGGUAUCAGCAACUCUUAUUAUAACAGUAUUACCACAAAACUCUUCAGACAAAUCAAGAGCAUCAUUUCUGCCGUCCAUUAUUUUUCCACUGUUCAAUGUCAUAUCUAUAGGAAUGAACAUUAUACUUGCCUCUACAGUUCUGCUGGAUAUUUGGCAAGGCAUAGUGUUCUGGACUCUAGCAG